CCCAGCUGCUGAAAUAAGCCUCUCUAUGCAGGCUGUCACGUGGGCUUUAAUGAUCAGCAGGGCAGCCUCUCUCGCACUCUGACAUCCAAACUCUGAGUGAGCUCCAGGCUCCAUGAGGGAUUAUUUCCAACCUGCAUUUUACGCACGGACAGCGGACCUGUGGAUUUUAAGCGCGAUAGCUGAUAUUUGGCAAACACGGAGCAAAGCUGAGCCCCGCUGACCGGAGGAUGGAUCCGCGGAGCAGCCUGUCCGUGCGGCUCCGCUGCUGGCUGGCUGCCGUAUGAACACAUCUGACAUCCAAGUAAACGCGCCACUGCCCUAUGAAGCAUGUUAACACAGGCUCCGCCAGAGGUAGACAUGAUGUGGAGCAAGUGUCACCUGAUUUAACGGAGCUCGGUGGGUGUGUGAGCACCGUGACUUCUUCAUUCAGUCAUUUAUUGAACGCUGGAUAUCAUCCAUCCAUCCAUCCAUCUAUCCAUCCAUCCACGCACACACACACCGCGCAAGGGAUGUGGGGACCCCAGAAAACAGGGCUCUUUGACAUCCUCUCAUUGCCGCUGGUGGUGGCGGUGAUGUGCUGUGCCCAGAGCGUCAACGAACCGGGGAACAUGUCUUUUGUCAAAGAGACUGUGGAUAAACUGUUAAAAGGAUAUGAUAUUCGUCUACGGCCGGACUUUGGAGGUCCACCGGUUGCUGUUGGCAUGAGUAUAGACGUGGCGAGUAUAGACAUGGUGUCAGAAGUCAACAUGGACUACACGUUGACUAUGUACUUCCAGCAGUAUUGGAGAGAUAAGAGGCUGGCCUAUGCAGGUAUCCCUCUCAACCUGACACUGGACAACAGAGUAGCAGACCAGCUCUGGGUCCCAGACACUUACUUCCUCAAUGACAAGAAGUCCUUUGUUCACGGUGUCACUGUAAAGAACCGGAUGAUUCGACUACACCCGGACGGGACUGUUCUGUACGGCCUCAGGAUCACGACGACAGCAGCCUGUAUGAUGGAUCUGAGGAGGUACCCGCUGGACGAACAGAACUGCACUCUGGAAAUUGAGAGUUAUGGUUACACGACAGAUGAUAUAGAGUUUUACUGGAAAGGAGGAGACACUGCUGUGACCGGGGUGACGCGAAUCGAGCUCCCUCAGUUCUCCAUAGUCGACUACAAACUGGUUUCCAGGAACGUGGUCUUUUCCACAGGUGCCUACCCUCGACUGUCUCUGAGCUUCAAGCUGAAGCGAAACAUCGGAUACUUCAUCCUGCAGACGUACAUGCCCUCCAUCCUCAUCACCAUCCUGUCCUGGGUGUCGUUCUGGAUAAAUUAUGAUGCCUCGGCUGCCAGAGUUGCAUUAGGGAUCACCACUGUCCUGACCAUGACAACCAUCAACACUCAUUUAAGAGAGACUCUGCCCAAAAUCCCCUACGUCAAAGCUAUAGAUAUGUACCUGAUGGGCUGCUUUGUGUUCGUCUUCCUGGCUCUGCUCGAAUAUGCCUUUGUCAACUACAUCUUCUUCGGGAGAGGUCCUCAGAUGCAGAAGAAACUGGCUGAGAAGGCACAGAAGGCAAAUAAUGACCGGGACAAAUUUGAUAGACCAAAGUCCAUUCUGGAAGGAGGCAAUUGCAAGUCUUCGUCCUUUAAACUGUCCAAUCAGGUACAAGGGCGUCGUCACUCACGUCGGGUCGACUCCCAGGGGAACAUUUUGCUGACAACCUUGGAGAUCCACAACGAGGUGGGAGGGAAUGAGAUCACAACCACCGUGAGUGAGACCCACAACUCCACCUCCAUGGUGUUCGACAACCCGGGGGUCCAGUACAGGAAGCAGAGCGCGGCGCGAGAGCAGGGCCGCCUCAGCCUGGACAGGAACGCACAUCUAAAGAAAACCCGUCUGCGGAGACGAUCCUCGCAGCUGAAAAUCAAAAUCCCAGACCUCACCGAUGUGAACGCCAUCGACAGAUGGUCACGGAUAAUAUUCCCCUUCACCUUCUCCCUGUUCAACUUAAUCUACUGGCUUUACUACGUCAACUAAUGCAACUAACUGAUGUUUUAUAACCCAUUUCUGUUUUGUUUUUUUUGAGCGAACGCUUCUCAGUGUAUAACGUUUUUAAUCAUAGCGAGCGAAGACGUUGAUGACUGUCGCUCAGGCAGUGUGCAUCUGUAUAUGCACGGUUGUUUUACAGAGACUUUCGUGUGCUGUAAAUGACCCCUGUGAGGAGCCGGGACAUUGUAUCUCAUGGAUGGAGGCACAGACUCUUUGUGGUGUUUACAGGUCGCUGUUUUAGGUCAGUAUGGUUCAACACAUAUGGUCACUGUGAUUACUGCUAAUGACAAGAUUCAUAGUAUUAUUGCACCUCUGGUUAAUCUGCACUUGGACAAAUAUGAUCGUAUGCACACAGAACUCUGAGUCUAUGACCUGGAAAUGAGUUGAAGGGUUAAAGGAAUGGUUCACUCUUUUGGGAAAUACACUUUUAUCUUUCUUGCUGAGAGUUAAAUGACUCUUAUGCAUGUACGCUAAAUAUGAAGCCAGCAGUCGUUAACCUUGGCAUAAAGACUGGAAAGUGUAAUUCCUUAAAUCUCAAACUAUUCCUUCAAUUUGCCUCUGGAGCUGAUGCCACCAACUGUUGUUGUUUUGUUUGAAGUGGACGCUGGAACUGCUGUGACCUCGCUCCAAUGAUUAACUCUGGAGGUUUGACACUGUGUAAGGAAUAAAAUGAUAAUGAAGCCCAGUUUUUAUUAAUAAGAGAGAGGCUGAUGGAUCCAUACCAGCAUUUUAUAGAAACCGUCAUUCUGUCAUUCACUGCCAAUAUUUAAACGAAUGUUUUGACGACUUGGGAAGUACGAUAAUUCGCUUUCUUGUCGAGAUUGAGAGGAGAAGAUUGACACCACUCGGCCAGUUAGGUUAGCAUAAAGACAGGAAGCAGGUUGAGAAA